GUUAGCAUGACUGUGAGCCCUCUCUCCUUUUUUGACGCCUGACAGAAGUGCCAGCGUCAUGGGUAUUCAUGGUAUCUACAAAGAGAUUGGACCUGGUCGCCGCAUAGCAUUUUCAAAGCUUUCGCUUGAGAAAUUCGAAGAGACUGGCCGUCCAUUGCGCAUUGCUAUCGACGUAUCCAUAUGGCUGUUCCAGAUCCAAGCCAGUAAAGGCGGCACGAAUCCGGCUCUCCGAACCUUCUACUACCGUUUACUUCGACUCAUCGCAUUGUCUAUACAUCCGAUUUUCGUAUUCGAUGGCCCCGAUAAACCCCCAUUCAAACGUGGCAAGAGGACAGGCCCGAAUGUUGCAUCUGUUCCGGAGUUCCUCGCAAAACAGUUGUUGAAACAAUUUGGAUUUCCCAUACACCUUGCGCCGGGCGAAGCCGAAGCCGAAUGUGCACUCCUGCAAAGAGAGGGAAUUGUGGAUGUUGUAUUGAGUGAGGAUGUCGAUACGCUCAUGUUUGGAAGUGGAGUCACAGUCCGAAAUUGGUCCCCUGAGCUCAAGACGGGCAAAACACCGACCCACGUUAAUGUGUACGAUGCGGCAGAAACGAAGAGCGGACCUUCGCAAUUAGAUCGAGAAGGCAUGAUUCUGGUCGCAUUGAUGAGCGGAGGAGAUUAUGUGCCAGAGGGUAUUCCAGGGUGUGGCCCAAAGACGGCUUGUGAAGCCGCCAGAGCUGGAUUUGGUCACGACCUAUGCAAUAUAAGAAAGGGCGACAGUGCUGCUGUACAAAGAUGGCGGGAGAGGCUACAGCAUGAGCUCAAAAGUAACGAGAACAAGCUAUUCAAGCGAAAGCAUACCACUUUGGUCAUUCCAGAUGAUUUCCCCCGCGCCGACAUUCUCGGAUACUAUACGCAUCCUGUGGUCUCCACCAAAGCUGGCUUGGACAAACUGAGACGAUCAAUCAAGUGGGAUCAGGAUCUGGACUUUCCAGGCCUUCGCGAAUUUGCAAAUGACGCUUUCGAUUGGGUAAAGCUUGAGGGUGCAAAACAUUUCAUACGCAGUUUAGCACCGUCACUACUUGUUCGAAGUCUCCGCAUGAGAGCAGACUCUGAGCAAUUCAGCUCGGAUGAUUUGGUGGCAAGACAAAAACAUGAAGCAACUUUGGUGAAAGGAAUUCAUGGCAAGCGUCAACAUGCUAUCACAGACAACACACCAGAAGUCCGCAUCAGCUUUAUUCCCUUGGAUCUCGUCAAGAUUGACCUUAGCAAUGAGGAACCCGAUGAAGAGUUGGAUUUCGGACGAGAUGGACUUGCUGCAGGAGGAAGGGCAGAGAGUCCUGAGAUGGACGAAGAGAUGGAGUUGGACGCGGACGAUGGUGAGGCUGGACCCCGGAAGCGUGGUCCCACCAAAUUCGAUGCUUCCAAGCCAGCGCGGGCAUGGGUCGCGGAGACACUCGUCCAGAUUGGUGUUCCCCUCGCUUUUGAAGAUUGGAGAGCAGGGACGACUCGACCAAAGGCAGCCUCUACGAAACCGAGACUAGGUACGGCGACAGCAGCAGCGAAAUCGAAAACGAGCAAGAGGACCAAACCUACAGCCGAGAAGCCUCAACGCACCAUUGACCAGUUUGCCAGAGUAACCAAACCGGGUGUGAGAACAGCACAGAAGUUGGCAAAGGUUCAAGAUCCGCCACAGCAACCGCGUCCCCUUCCCCGAGCAGCAGAGCAGGCAGCACAAACCGUAAUAAACCUGCUUAGCUCCUCUCCAGUAAAACCUCUACCUUCAGCUGUGCCUUCUGAAACAAGACUAAAGUCACUAUCUCCAUUGCCGGAACUCCCACCAAGUGUGACGAAGAGAAGGAGACGUGGGCCGAUGCAACGAUCACAAACCUUACCGGCUGACAUGAAUGCAAAUGGUGAUCGACCUGCCACCCCGAGCAAGUUGGACACUAUCGAGACGCUCGACCUCAUCGACUCUCCAGCACUGCCUUCUCCAUCAGAGCUUCCUGUCAAAAGACCCAGAACACGAACGACACGCAACCCUCCGCCCUCCCAACCGAAACGGGCAAAUUCCAUUGCAUCAACACCUACCAAAACAAGACAAACGACGUUGGAUCUCUGGUCACGAUCUCCAACAAAGUCUCGGAAACUCACUCCUCCACGAGAAGCAUCCCCAACACCAAAGGCGCGGCACAUGCAUUUGCCAGAAGCGAACAUCGACACUCUUGACCUCACACUCUCCUCGCCCUUGAAGCCCAUCCCCAUCGCUCAAAGCAAGCAGCCCGAACGAACAAGAUCCCAUCUAUCAACAGCACGCCCCCCACUACAGUCCAUCAACUCAAACACAUCAUUCACCUCAACCUCAUCGUCCGACCCCCAACCAAAGAAAGCAAACCCAAAACCCUCCCGCGCAUCCCCCCGUCUCCGCAACAGACCGCCCGCACAAACAAUAGACACACUAGACCUCACCGGACUCUGCUCUUCGCCCCUCCCUGUACCAAACGAAUCCGUUCCUCCACCACCAGCACCAGCACCCACCACCCUCCUCGACACCCCUCCCCCUCCCAAACAAUCCCUCCGCCGCUCUCCCCGCCUCAGCUCCCCUUUACUCUCCCUGCCAUCGCCACCCCAUCCAACCACUUCCACUUCCACUUCCACCACCACCGUACCAACAGCAGCAUGGAAAUCCGCCAACCAGAAAAAACGCAUCAUCCAGCUUCGCAAAAGCCUCGCCGGCGCAUGGACCUUCGCAGACCAAACCUCAGACAACGAGGAUGACACACCCAACGCGAAAUGGAAUGCAGCGGGUGCGAAGGCCGCGGAGCGGCAGAGGAGGCGCUGGCGCGAGAGCCAGAUUGAGUCGUUGGAUCUGACUUGACCAACCCUCCCCUUUUUUUUCUUCUUUCCUUUGGGGGGAGAUGAUGUUAGGCAUGGGGUUGGUUGGCGCGUUUUUGUCAUUCAUACGUCGUUUGCUUGUUUGUUGUCACGAUUGAAUAUGCAUUUUUCUUUGGAGAACAGCAAGGGCUGGGGGGAUGACCAUUGGGCAUUAGCGAUAGGCGUUUUGUGCGUGUGUAUUUUUAUCGAUCGUUGCGCUUGGAGAGAG